CUUGUUUUGUUUUUGUUUCGCCGACGAUUACUUUCAGCUUACUCUUGUUUUGAAUUUUGAUUCGCAAUUUGGCAGGUACCAGUAAUCCGCAGCCGGUACAACUUCAAUUUUAUUAGCAAAAUACAAUAAACAAAGGACUGUAACCAAAGCAAAGUGUAUUCUUAUCCACUUCUCGUACAUCUGAAAAGAUAUUCAGCGAUAAAAUAGCGCGAACGAACGGCUUCGCAAUGCAGCUCCAUUAUGUUAUUUUUGCCUCGAUUGUGAUACAUCAUACGCGUUCAUCCGUACAAACAGACUCAUUAAGAAAUAACCCCCGAUACAUGUUAAACGCCAAGCGACAGCACCUUGCUCAUCUACCAUCCACGCGUCAAAAAGCAUCCGAUGCCAUGUAUGGGUCUAUACAAGAGCACGUCAUCCCGUCCUUUGCUGUCAGCGACCCAGGGGAGUUCACUUACCCAGAUCAGGUCGCCUCCCUAGGUGACAUCCGGCCAGAUGUCGGACCUGAUGAGACGCUUGCGCCAGGAUAUCAGAGGUACGCGUACAACGGUGUUGAAGGCGAAGGAGGCGGGGCGGCUUUUGGUCAGCAGCAGGAGCUACUUGCAGGUGGAUUCGAAAAACCGGAGGGUAGUGAAGGCGCGGGACAAGACGAUGCUGUCUACAUGUCUAGCCCGCACAGUAUAAUGGGAAUGGAUCAGUACACGAGCGAUCAGGAGCCUGGAACCGAGCAAGAACAGUUUAGCGAUUUCUCAGAUAAUAACGAGGAGAAUAUUUAUUACAGACCCCCUCCCUCAGCGGAUAUGCCGGGAGAAUCAACUGCUUACAAUGCACCUUUUUACCCCAGCAAUGACGUCACGAGUAAAUAUAUAAUAGAGCAUGAAGGGAUGGGUGCACGCGUGUCUCCAUGGAGACAGCACGUGUACGACUUACAGCCCAGGCUCCCUCCGGCGAUAUUGAAGAAGUAUCUGAAGAGGCUGAUCGAGCAGGUUGGUCCAACAUUAUCAUGGAAGCAAGCAAUUGCAGCCUUUCGCCCCAGGCCUCAAAGCGGCGGCAUGAGACCACAGAACGGGAGUCGGGGGACGUCUGCUGUAGGAGGGAGCGAAAAGCCUUCUGGGAUAUCUCAUGAGCAGAUCCGCAAACUGAUGCAAAGUAAAGUCAAGACUGCAGAGCUUACGUCAGAUCUUACUGCGGAGGCGAAGAAUCUCGUCAACAUUCUACACAAAUUCAGGCAGCGACUUCAGCACAACGCUCUCUUAGAAAAGGCUAGGCCGAAAACCAAGAUACAAACGAGUGCAAGUAAAGUCAGAGCUGGAGUAAAAAUUAAACAGAGCGAUGCGUACCGGCAACAAACGGACUUGAAGAAGGUUGCAGAUGUAUUGAAAAGCAUCUGACGAUGAGAUACUUGUUUGCAUUUGAGGAAGGACUCUGCAAUUAUUUGAAUUUUAUAAGUUGCGUCUAUUUCCUGAUCGGGUUUCCUAUCAAAAGAAACUCUGUAAAAAAAAACCGUCUCAGAUUCCAGGUUCCCUAGAGGCUCAUUUACUAGCACGGGAAACCCGGUUCGAAGGCCAGGGGCAAUGCUGAGCUGACAGCAAAAACAACGUCUUUGAUAAAGUAUCAUUGCUUUUUUUAUUCACUUACCUUUCAAAUAAGAUGUGGGUUAGAAAUGUAUGGACUUUCUACCCCUCAUUUAAAUCUCAAGGAACUUCUCUGACCCGACGCACACGAGAAAAGCAAUUACAAGGCAUCCGUUCUAAAUUAAUUCAACAUUGAUUAGACCGAGUUGAAAGAUGAAAUCAAUCGUGCAUGCACGGCCACCAUGCACGGCCACCUUACCGACCAUGAAACCCGGGGGGGGGGGGGCACAGCCACGCCCCUACUGGUCUUUUUCAUUAUAAUUUGAUUUAUAAAUAAUAUUGUUUGCACGAGUCUUAACCGCCUCACGGCUAGUUACACGUAAUUGUAUAUCCAUACAAUCCUAUAAACUAUUCUUUAUUUAAUACUUUAUAGUAAACCUAUUUAUCAAAGUUCACAUUAAUGUCUUUAAAAAGCACGUGUUAUUCCUUCUUCUUUCUACUUCUACUCUUUUCUAUAUUUUCUUAGUAGUUUGUACUGUAUAAUUCAAAACAAGUGUGUGUCAAACCCUGCUACCAGUAGCAUAUAUGAAUCAGAAUUAGAAUGAGUACAAGUUUAGUAAAAUACUAAAAUAGUUUAGUAUCCACUAAAACUGUGUCUUCAUCAUUAAAAAAUAUGUAUUCCAUUGAGGAACAGUUUUCAGAAUUAAAAACGAAUAAAUAGAAUGUAGCAGUCCAUCAAGGAACGGAUGAG